GAACGACCAGAAACCAUAUCAUAGUAAGAACCACCCUUACAAUGGCAUACUCGCGGAUUGGCGUGGUGACUGGCGCCAACAAAGGCAUCGGAUAUGCAAUUGUCCGACAGCUCGCGCUGCAAUACCCCAAAUCCCCCUUGAACAACGGACCGUUCCUCAUCUACCUGACGGCCAGAGACAAGUCUCGCGGCGAGCAGGCGGUUAGUAACAUCCAAGGCGAUGCGGAUCUUAAACAGGCCAAGGCCCUGUCGCCGCACGGCGGUGCCACCGACAUCAAAUUCCACCAGCUUGACAUCUCCGACUCCAGCAGCAUCUCGAACCUUGCCUCGUUCUUGAAGAAGGAGCAUCCCGACGGCAUCGACUUUGUCAUCAACAAUGCUGGCAUUGCGAUGCAAGGAUUUGACUUAAACGUGGUAAAGAAUACGCUGGCUUGCAACUACUACGGCACCUUGGAGGCGACAAGGGCUUGGAUUCCCAUCCUCAAGCCCGACGGCCGCAUAGUCAACGUGGCCUCGAUAUCGGGCUCGUUGAGCAAGUACUCGCCCGAGAUCAGGCAGCGCUUCCUCAACGCGCAGUCGGUCUCAGAUGUUACCAAGCUCAUGGAGGAGUUCACUGCCGCGGUGGAGAAGGGAACGCACGAGAAGGACGGCUGGCCGAGCGCGGCGUACGCGGUCUCCAAGGCUGGCGAAAUCGCCAUGACGAGGGCGAUCGCCAGGGAGCUGCAAGAGAAGGGGAGUAAGUUGAUUGUCAACUCAUGCCAUCCAGGGUAUGUCGUCACAGAUAUGACGAGGGGAGGAGGCACGAAGACUCCGGACCAAGGCGCUCAGACUCCCGUUCAUCUCGCGAUUGCGGAUAUCGGCGGGACAACGGGUGAGUACUGGUCUGAUGAAAAGAUUGCAAAAUGGUGAAAUCCGGAGUGUCUCCAACAAAAGUGCACAAUGAAGUUUAAAUCGUGCGUCUCUAGGAAAGACAAAAAUUCAAGACUUCUUAAGUUGUCCAAAAAUGAGGUCCAUCCAGGAUUCGAACCUGGGCCUACAGAAGUUCCAAUAUCAGAAUCCGACGUCCUAACCAACUAGACUAAUAGACCGUCGCC